AUGGAGGCCGGCGCUGAGGCGGAGCCGCUGCUGCCGCCGCGGCGCUGGCGGGCGGCCCGCGGGCUGUGGCGGCAGCGCGGCGAUGCCCGCUCGGCCGCCGAGGACGGUGCUGGAGCUGAUAAUGACCUUUAUAUAAACCAAGCCAUAGUAUUUAUUGAAGAUGCAAUACAAUAUCGAUCUAUAAAUCACCGUGUGGACUCCAAAUCCCUGUGGCUUUAUCGAUGGUACUAUUCCAGGACUUGCCAGUGGAUUUUGAGCUUAACCAUUACUGUAAUAUUGGCUUUGGCUUUCAUUGAAGAGCCUUCCUCACUCACUGUUACAUCGGAUGUGCGGUACCGCCUUCCUGCCUGGAAUCCUCCCUGUGGCCUCACGGAGAGCAUUGAGCUGCUCUGCUUCCUCGUGUUCAUGGUUGAUGUGUCUGUGAAGAGUUACUUAAUUGGAUGGAAAGAAUUUUGGAAAAAUAAAUGGCUAAUGGCAUAUAUACUGACAUUAAUUGUUUCCCUUGCUGAUUGGAUUGUGUCACUGAGUUUUUUCUGCAAUGAGAGUGUGAGAAUAAGAAGAAUCCUUCGCCCGUUCUUUCUCCUCCAGAAUUCUUCUAUGAUGAAGAAAACAUUAAAAAGUAUUAACAGCACAUUACCUGAAAUGGCCAGUGUUGUUCUACUACUGGCUGUUCAUCUGUCUCUUUUCACUAUGUUUGCCAUGCUGCUCUUUGCUCGAACAAAGGAUAACCAGCAGGAUAAGGAGUGGGUCGUGUAUUUCCGGAACUUACCGGAUUCUCUGACGUCACUGCUGGUCCUGCUGACUACUGCAAAUAAUCCUGAUGUAAUGAUACCUGCAUAUUCUAAGAAUCGAGCAUAUUCAAUCUUCUUCAUCCUCUUCACUGUAUUAGGCAACUUGUUUUUGAUGAAUUUGCUUACAGCAAUAAUAUACAACCAGUUUCGAGGGUACCUUCUGAAAUCAGUUCAGUCCUCCCUCUUCAGGAGGCGGCUGGGAAUCCGGGCUGCAUUUGAGGUGCUGUCUUCCCUGAAAGAGACUCCUGCUAGUGCACAACAGUCCUGUGUGAGUGUUGGGGCCUUACUACAGGUGCUGCAGAAAGCUGAGAUGGAUUCUCGCUGCAAGCAAGCCAUCAUGAGAUCACUCAAAAUGUGCUCCUGUGACCAGCUGUCAGCUGCCCAGUUCCAGAAGCUCUUUGAAGAACUAGACAAAGAUGCCAUUAAGCAACACCCUUCCAGUCCAGAGUACCAAUCCCGUUUUAUGCAGAAAAUGCAGUUUGCCUUUGGCCAUCCCUACUUUGGAUACUUGGGGAAUGUGGUAGCCCUGGCAAACAUUAUUUCUAUUUGUGUGGUUUUGGUGAUGGAUGCUGAUAAGCAGCCGUCUGAAAGAGAUGACUUCUUCCUGGGGGCUAUCAACUGCUUCUUCAUCCUGUACUAUCUGCUGGAAAUGUUGCUGAAAAUCUUAGCAAUGGGCUUGAAAAGAUACUUGUCUUACCCAAGCAAUAGAUUUGAUGGACUUCUGACUAUAAUUUUGCUGAUUCUGGAGAUUGCAACUUUUGCUGUGUAUGGAUUUCCUCACCCUGGCUGGAGACCUGAGUUCAUGGGGUUGUUAUCCCUGUGGGAUAUGGUGCGGCUGGUGAACAUGUUAAUUGUGUUCAGGUUCCUGCGGAUUAUCCCGAACAUGAAGUUCAUGGCUUUGGUUGUUACUACAUUGCUGGAUCUGGUGAAAAACUUAAGAGCCUUUGCAGGAAUCCUUUUGGUGGUUUUCUAUGCAUUUGCUAUAACUGGCAUAAUGUUAUUUAAAGGUGCUGUUGUUCCCUUGGGAAAUACCAGUGCUGCCAACACAACUCAUGACAAUGGCACUCUGCAGUGUGGGACCUAUGAGCAGCUGGAGUACUGGCCCAACAACUUUGAUGACUUUGCUGCAGCAGUGGUGACCCUCUGGGAUGUGAUGGUGGUGAACAACUGGCAAGUCUUUUUGGAUGCAUUUUCAAGAUAUUCCAGUCCGUGGGCAAAGAUCUAUUUUGUAGCCUGGUGGUUGAUCUCCUCUGUCAUCUGGGUUAAUCUCUUCGUAGCUUUACUUCUGGAGAACUUUAUUCACAAGUGGGACCGUCGCUGCCAGCGAGAGUCUCUUUCAGAUAUUGAAUACCAGCGGACAGUUGAACUCAUGUUCAGAGAUGUUUUGGAAGAACCUACAGAGGAGGAGUUGAUGGAAAAACUGCACCAGCACCCACACCUGCAGUUAUGUAGGUGACUGGUGGGAAGGACUGAUUUAUUUAGACCUCUGUUUUUUUGAGGUUGCCAGCUGGAAGAAACUGAAUGGAUUUUCUGUGAGAUGCUGUUAGGAGAGGGGCUUGUAGGACACUAUGUGAGGUUUUGCUUGGGAAUUCUCUGCAGAAAGUUUUUUUUUUUAUUUGGGAUUCAUAUCUUUUUUUGAAAAAGAUUUGAAUCUUGCUAACUUGAUUUUAAGUUGCAAUUUUAGAAGGAGUACUGAAGCUGUUAUUUUUAUAGGGUGUUGAUAUCAGAAGGUUUUAUUUACUUUUUUUAGUAGGGAAAUUCUGUUUAAAAUGACAGUGCACUUUAAAACAUGAACUUUAUAACCACUAAGCCUGCUACUUUUUUCAGCACAAGAAAAUGGAGCUGCCUUUUCUGGCAGGCAAAUGUAGCAAGGGCUGUGCCCUGCGAUUCAUGAAUGGAUUAGGCAGGACCAGAACAAAAUCCUUAAUCUUCUUGUAGUGAGAGCUGAAACACUAUUUUUAUUGUAAUGUGACACCAGCAUAUCUUACCGAAUUUUCGGGAGUUAAGCAUGUCAGAACACAAUCAAUUCCAGCUUAGUAACAGGGACUGCCUGCUUUGCACAUCCUCUGUUUUAAUUUGCUUUCCAUGGGGGGUUUGUGCUGAUUCUGCCAUUCAGGUCACUGAGAGCAGUUGGAAACUGGACUGGAGCAAUUGCACUUGUGGUUUUCAAUGUGGUAAAACUGAGCUCUCUUUCAGAGUCAAUAUUCUCAUGUUGCUCUUUACUGAACCUCUUCCUUUUACUUUCAUCCAAGUCCUGUUGCACACUGUGUUGUAUUCCAUGAAAAAGCUUAGGAGAACAAACUUUGGCUGGGUUGUUGUACCAUGAUCACUGGAGUCACCCACUUUGAUUAUCCCAUUCAGCCUUUUUUUUUCCACUCCCCCUUAAAGUGCUUAACAGUUGAAAUUUUAAUUCAAGCCUGUGGGAAUUGAAGGUGCUCAACCUGUACUGCAGGAUCACAUGCUUUUAUAGCUUAAUGACCACAUGCUGUGUACCACUAACUUUCACCUGGGUAAAACUUUUUGGGUAAAUAAGUUUCUCAACAAAUCCAAAGUGGAGGAUUCACAGUAAGCUAUGUCCACAUGCUCUUUGUUAUCCCUUGGUGUACCUCUGAAGAGGUGUUUUUGCUUGAAUCUCUAUCACAUAACUAGUAAACUGCUGUGAAGAAUAAAAUCUACCACAACUACUGUUGUAUAUGUAAAAAUGAAACUGCUCUUUGGGGCACAGCCUUCUCAUGGAGACACUUAUCACCAAAAUAGACAUUAUCGUGGUCAUCUCUGUAUUGACAAAGGCUUGAGGGAGGGAAUUGGCUACUAUUUUUAAGUCCCUUAAUUGUUUUUUUAGUUAAAAAACAUUUUUCAAAAGUGCCAAACAGUCAUCCUCUGUACCUUUCCUCAUCUUUUUUCAUAAUUUUCUAUUUUUCUCUGUCCUGCAUGAAGGAGAGCAAAAUAUCCAGGAUGGUGCAUUUGAGGUCAAAACCAUAUUUUUGCCUUGUUGUCUCACUGUUGAGAAAUUAUUUAAUGAGUCUUUCUGUCUGUUUCUUUUCCUUUUUGCUUGUAUUUUGCUUGUAUUUUCUUUGUACUGUGGAAAAAAAUGUUGCAGCUUUCAUAUGUGUAGAACAAACGUGAGCUGAGUUCUGAGCUACUCCUGCAGUCUUUCUUUGCUUCUGUAAUCCUGCCUCUUAAGCCAUGCCCUUGUCUGUGUGCAGUCUCUUGUCUCUGUUCCAGAUUAAGCCACCCAGUAACUCACUUGCACUGGUUUCAGUGGCAUCAUCAUCCAGUGGUGUUCAAAGUUCAUAGGUCGGGGCAGUCCUAUUCCUUCAGACUUGCCAUGCUUGGGCUUGUUUUGUAGCAAAAUACAAAACAAAACAAACUGCAAAAAAAACACAAAGAAAACUAAAACAAACGUUUUUGCUUGAAGACUCAGCUUGAUUCAAGCUUUCCUGGGGUAAAUGGUUCUUUCUCAGAGAAGUAAAGCUGUAGAUUAUUUCUAGAAAAAACUUUUUAGGAUAAAAAGUCAGUCAUGCACUUAAAAUACUCAUCAUCACAAACCUAUAAAGGCAUCAGCACACAGUUUUUCUAGUUUUGAGUUUGUUCUGUUCAGUAUGGCUUCAUGUCAGGAUGGUUUCUGUUCCUUCUAGCAUGAUGUAUAAUCACUGCCACCAGUGUAUUGGAACUUAUUACACAGUGGUUAAACAUUCUUAUUUUACCUUUUUACUGCAAAAAAAAAAAAAUUGUUUUCCACUUUUCUGAAUACUUAAAGUAGCUUUGCCUUGCCAAAAAGAAAGUGUCCAAUUCUUACCAGCCUACAAGUGUGAUUUUUUUUUUUUUGACCUCUUAAGGUUCUUCAGGGUUUUGUGGUUGAUUUUUAUUUCUUUUUGUUACAUUACACUAUAGUCUACCAAAGCAACACAAAUUGGUGUGGGAUUACCAUAAGCCUCACAACUGUCUCUGUUAUUUCAUCUUUACAUCUGGACAAAUGUGGAGAAGGCAUUCUGAAGGGAAUAGUCUUUCUUGUUCUUGUUUCACAUUUGUGUAAUUGACUGAGAUUGUAAAUAGAAUUUAAAUACAAAAUUAUGCUACCUUAUGUCACUUAAACCAGGAGAUGUAAAUGACCACAAAUCUUACGCAAUAAUUGUAUAAGUCAUGAAAAUGAAUGUACGUUAUUAGGUAAAAUUUGAGAUUUGCAUUAUUAAAAAAAGUUUUUUCUUCUUAAACCAUGAAAAUAACUGGGGUGUGGAAAUUAUUCUUGUGGUUUGUUUUUGCCUUUCUCUUGCUACUGAUUUCUGCAGUGCUGGACAUCUCUGUUCCCAUUGUUUUUGCCAGUUAAGGGCUGGGCCUGUAGAGGAACUUACAUGCAAGUGAGAUGUAAGUGCUUGGUUUCAAAAUGCAGACCUAAUGGAUGUUGCUCUGUUAUUUUUCAGUUCUAGAGGCACAUAGCAUCCUCUGUAGGUACUUGGCACACUCAGUUUCUAAGGUGAAACCUCAUUGGAACCAAGCAUUGAUGGUUUUGAGCAGGUUGAUUUUCAUUUGCGUUUCUGUCUCUAUAAACCAGGUGUUCCUUCAUCUCUCUUUUCCCCAAGUGAUCAGUGGAAAAGCAUUCUCAUAGCAUUUCAACUGGGGCAGAUUUUGCACGUAAUUUAGCAGAGUCCAUGAUAUUCUUUGGUAGUAUAUUCUGGUUUAGAGGAUGGUGGGGUUUUACUAAGGACAGAACAAAAUUGGUUCUGGAACAAGUUGAUGUCUCUGACAAUGUUUGUUGUAGAUGCUUGGGUGGAGCAUGUGAAAGCCAAAGCCAAAAGAAGAACACCUUGUGUUAUUAAAUCAGGAUCAGAUUUUUCUAGCUUCUGGAGGAAGACCUUAGUCACUUAAUUAAGGGUAAUCUGAGAUGCCUCAUGUAUUUAUUUUUCCUUCCUGAUUUGCUAUGAAUUUUUAUUGCUUAAAGAUCUAGGAGUGGAGGGAGAGGAAGGAUUCAACUGAAGUGUUCUUUAUUCUUUCAGUAAAAAUACAGAAAUACAGUGAUGAAACUCACAGGCACACUCAACUAUGAACUUGACACGUUUUGGGGAAUAUUGCUUUGCAUCCCUCCAGCACUUUUUAAAGUGCAGAAAAAAAAAAUAAAAAGGAUGUAUAAAGCUAGAAGAAAAAGGAGGGCCUAUAGGAAAAUGAUUCAGGGUAUGAAUUAGUUACCUUCACCUCAUGUUUCAGAGCUCUUACCUUGCUAGAU